AUGUCAGAAGAUAACAUUUUUCUUUCUUCCGCAGCUUUGCCUGUUGCUAAUGCCGAGCCGCUUUUAAUUGCUUCGACCAUUCAUAUUGAUGAUGAGAAAUCUGGUGAAAGCAGCAUAGAACCUCCCGCUUAUUCCCCCUUAACUCCUCGACUACUGAAUGUACCUGGUGAAAGCAGCAUAGAAGCUCCCGCUUAUUCCCCCUUAACUCCUCGACUACUGAAUGUACCUGGUGAAAGGAGCAUAGAACCUCCCGCUUAUUCCCCCCUAACUCCUCGACCACCGAAUGAGGUUCAACCUGUUGAAAGGAGCAUAGAACCUCCAGCUUGUUCCCCCCUUACUCCUCGACCACCGAAUGUACAAAUGCUUAUGUCUCCGAAACCACAUUGUUCAACAAAAGAAAACAUCCCAAACAUUCAAUUUUUAUCUUCACCAUUGCAACCAAUGUCGCCAGAGACAACAGAAUUAUUUAAUAUUUUAGCUGAUUCCCUUGACAAUGAAGAAUCCAACAUUAAUAGCAAUGAAAACGCUGCACUAGAUUCACCGAUUCCUUCGGACAUAACAAACAUCAUGAAUAGUGAUGACUCCGUACAGGACCCAGACUUCGUUUGUCAUAAUGAAAACGGAAUAUCUAGUGAUAAAAGCUCUGAAGAUUCCGUAUCUUUGUUAGCGACAAUAGAAGAAGGACCUCAAACUGCGAUAGAACUACGGGAUGAAACUAAUACAUCAAACCAUAACUCAAGCAGUCUAAUUUUGCAAGAAGAAGAUAUUGAAACUGAAGCAUCAAUCCAAGGAAGACCAAAAAGGGGUAGAAAAAGAUUAUAUGGUGGAGACCUAAGAGAAGACAGAAAGAAGAAAAAAUAUAAUAAUCUAAGCUAUGUGAACACUAAAAAGCAGGUAGUCGAAAGUAAGGUAUUCAUUGACUAUAGCUGUAAUUGUCCAAAACAAUGUCAAGAAAAGGUAUCAUCUGAACAAAAACUAGAAGAAUUUAAUAAGUUCUAUUCGUUUGGUUCAUAUGUUGCACAAAAUAUGUAUUUGAUAGCUUGCAUUAAGGAAAAACCUAAGAAACGUGCAUACGUCACGACUGCGCGACAUAAUUUAAAAAGAAACAACAAAACUUAUACUCGGGAAUAUUAUUUGAAAAAUAUCUUAGUCUGCAAACAAAUGUUCUUGAAUACACUUCAAACGUCAUCUAAAAGAAUAAACACAGCUCUUUGUAAAAUGCGGAAUAAUUGCCUGAAAGAUAUGCGAGGACUACAAGCGGGUCAAAAUGCGGCUUCAACAGACAGUGAAUUGUUUCUGGAAAACAUAAUUAGGAAAUUACCAACUUAUAUAUCACAUUAUCGCCGAGCUAAAAGUAACGACGCAAAGUUUCUCACAUCGGACAUGACUUUACCCAAAAUAUAUAAUCUCUAUAGUGAAGAAGCUAAGUCAGCUGGUCAAAGAGUUCUUUCUUACUCCAAAGUAAGACAUGUGUUCGUCACAAAAUUUAACUUGCGUACCAAACCCCUUAAAAAAGACACAUGCAACAAAUGUGACUUCUAUGAAAGUAAAAAAAAUCAGGCAUCGGAAGAAGAAAAAAGGAAAAUCGAAGAAGACCACAAAAAGCAUAUCGACAAAGCUAAAUUUUUGCAACAAGAACUCAAAAAAGAUAUGAAACUGGCAAAAGAUGACCCAACUAUAGAAACUAUUACUUUUGAUCUUCAAAAAACGUUGCCUCUUCCGAGGAUACCCACAAAUAUUGUUUUUUAUAAAAGACAGCUAUGGGUAUAUAAUCUGGGUAUCCAUACAGGCAGUAAUGACCAAGUACAUUGUAAUGUGUGGGUGGAAGGGGAGGCAGGCAGAGGGUCGCAGGAAGUGGGUUCGUGUUUAAUAAAACAUAUCACAGAAAGAUUAAAAGAUGGUGUUGAGAUUUUAUUCCUCUGGAGUGACUCAUGUGGGGGUCAAAAUAGAAAUAUUAAACUGACCCUAAUGUUGAAAGCAUUAUUGAAUGAUCAUCCCACUCUAAAAGAAAUACAUCAUCGAUUUUUAGAAUCUGGCCACAGUUUUUUACCAAAUGACACGGAUUUUGGCCGGAUAGAGUGCUCUCUUAACCCUUAA